CGCAUAUAAUACCAAUCUCAUCAGCCGCACGUACCCUUCACCCCACUUUCUCCACCUUGUACCUCACCAUUGUCCUGGUCCAGCGCUGCCAGCUACGAUGGCAACAGUCAUGAUGCCUCCCGCACCUCUCAUGUUGGAACGGACAGGAUCCCAUCCAUCAUUGACCAAUUCUACGUCGUCCGACGAACACGAUCGACUUCCAUCACAUCGAGGUCUACCGCGAAGCGCACAUUCCGAGGCACUUUUGACACCGAUCUCUCUUCACCACGACCCCACCACUGAGCUUCGGUCUUCCGUCUCGGAUCUGCUCUGCACAUCUCCAGAUACUGAAUCCGGUGGAUUGUUCCCCGUCUCAGCGAAACCAACUGAUAACGAACGUGGACGAAAGGGAGGAAGACUCUACUUUUCCAAGAGUUAUUCCGCUUUGAGAUCCAAGUCGAAAGAGAGCAAGGAGAGCAAAGCGAGUAAAGAAAGUGAAAAGUCAUCAAAGAGGAACAGGAGUCUGUCACUUGUGGCAUCUGCUCAGCCGCCGAAACAAUCUUCUUAUGUCCCACCUGUGCCGCCAAUGCCAACCUCGCUCCCACAGGCCCGCACUCCGCAGCCCAAGUCCUCAGGAGCUUUUGGAUCAUUCUUCCGGAAGCUCACCGGGAAAUCCUCCAAAUCUUCCAGUGUGCCGCAGCGGCCAGCUUUGAAGACGUCCGUUUCUCAACCUGCUCCCAGUACCCUCCCUCCACCUGAAUCUAGAACUGUUCAGUCAGCCACCGCUACAGCAUUCGUGGAAUCUCCUCCAUCACCACCUAAAAAUCACGAUCCUCUGCCUUUGUCGACAACUGCUGCUCGUCGAGUGAGCUCGCCGCCCAUAUCACCGCACGGCCGUCCCAGCACCGCUCCUCAAACCAUCCGCGCAGUCGCCUCAUCUGCAUCCCUUCGAACGCAAAACAAGCGCCAUUCUCGCCAACUGUCUCAGGGCUCAGGAAAGACAAAGUCUCCCAGUCGUCCAGGUACAGGAAACCGCGUUCCUCCCAGUUCAGCUUCGGUUCCCAUGCUAGCGCAUAUGCGAUCCGCUUCGGAAAUGAGUGCGAAAGGUCUUCAAGCGUAUCGUGCUUCCUUGUUGAUCUCCACUCAAGCUGCAGAGAGGAUCCCAUUACCCGUCUCGCCUCAACGACCUUCUUUCGGCGAUAUUCUUAGCCAGCAGCCAGCGGUUGCCACACCGAUUUCGAACGAUGACAGUGAUGGCGAGGCUAUCCAUGAUAACGUUUUUACGACUUCGCCAAGCGUGAACAUCGACGUUGCAUUGCCGCCCAGCGCGAAAAAGCAAAGUCAAAGCUUCACCCUUGCUUCUGCGAUCGCUGUGCCACCUCCACCGCGAAUCGAGAAAGAAAGUCAAGAGCAGAAAGAGGAGUUGGAAGAAGUCGACUCUGAAGCGGAAGACGAAUGUCAACCUUUGCCGAGUCGAUCUGGUCCUCGUUUGGCGCCGAUUGUCAUCCCUCGACGCGGAUCGAGUCCGAGAGACCAAGCUCGUGAACUGCCGAGCGCAGUUUCCACUAUGACUACCACCUCGUCGACUGUCGAGAGCAGUGGUGGAGUGCCUAUCACUCCUGUCUCCCCGAUCUCAUAUGACCCUGUCGUGGACUCGCCAGAGCAGGAUGUCAAUCAGGGCAAGAACAGUAAGUGGAGACGUUCCAUCAUGGGUCUAGGUGCGGCUCCAAAACAGAUCCCCAUCAAGGCCUCGCGCCGAACAUCGAAAGCCGAACCACCCACAUCUUACGACUCCUACAUCGCUCACCAAAAGCGAAUUGCAUCGAAUCGACAGAGCUGUCAACCCACUCUACACACUGCUAGCACCCUGGCAGAGGGCAUAAGGCAUAUGAAGAAAGAAGAGCAGGACGCUGCCGAGACAUUCUUCAUGUAAGGAUGGUCGCAUAACUCCUUUGACAGGUGCGACGGGAUUGAC